CUUCUGAGUCUGGUGUCCUGAGCCUGGUAGAGAUGUGGGAAGGGCCUGGGAGGAGGGCUUUCAGUGUGUGGUUAAGGACUGCAUUCAUGGGGAACAGCAGGGCCGGGAGCUGGGUGGGAGGUGUUGGGAGCAACUGAAGGUGUCAGGCAGCUUUACAAGGGGCCCCGUUUUCCUAGAAAUUUCAGUACAUCAAGAAAGCCCUUAUCCAUGCAGACCUUGAGCAUGGGCUCAGAUGUCAGCCCCUCCACCCCCGCUCCCUGCUUCCCAGGGUGACAGCCUCACCAAGGCCAGGGCUACCUACCCACACCUAGAGGGCUGGGUACAGCCCAGCCAGGUGCCUGCUGCUGGCCUGGAUCACUCCAACCUGGACAGGCCACCAUGGUGGGCACUACACUCCUGCUCCUGGCCCUGCUCCCUGGGACCUCCACUAAGCACAAUGCACCACUUGGUAUGUAGAGGCUGGCACGGGGGCUGGGGGCAUUGUGUCCCACUUCCCUAUUGUCCCUUCUCAACUUGCUUUUGCUUGCGUGUGUGUGUGUGUGUGUGUGUGUGUGUGUGUGUGUGUGUGUGUGGUGGAGUCGGGUGUCGCCAUCCCUUUUUCUUUUCCCAGACUAGCCCCUCUGCCAGUUUUCUCAAAGUUCUCAACCAAGUGGUGAUAAGGGCUGUGGGAGUAGGGCCAAGUGUGCAAAUCAUUUGUGAUAAACUCCCAGCUAACUGCUGCUUGAAAGCAAUCAUUUGCCUGUAUAGGUAGUGUGUGUGUGUGUGUGUGUGUGUGUGUGUGUGUGUGUGUGUGUAAGUGCAAGCCUGGGUAAACACAAAUAACCAUCCACCCUUACCUCUUGGUGCUCUCCUUUGGGUACUUGAAUAUCUGUUAAACAGAAAUUCCCAGUCCAGUUGCCUGUCUGUACUGAGCCUCUGGCCUCUGGAGGCAUGGGGGUGGGUACCCUCCUGCCUGCAACAGAUGCCAGCACCACCUCUUCUUAGUGGACAGUAGCUCAUACUGGAUCUCUUAGACUCUAAGACUUAGCAAACUGGAUAAGGCAGAGAACCCUGACUUCAUCUCCUCUGCUGACCACCAUCACAGGAGUACAUCAACCCCGUGUAUCCCCUUGUCUACUCUGCAAAUGGCACGAAAGGUCAGAGAAUGAAAGAGCACAGCUUUGUGCUGGCGUCAGCUACUAGGCUCUGAUGCCACUAAAGGGUACCUGGUAGUAACUUGGAGAGAAUUUGGCAUGCAGCUGAGCAUGGGUAAAGAGACCACCUGUAAUGCAUCCCUUUUCCAAGGGCUUAGGAGACAAGGGCUCCCUAGAGGGAAUUGUGCCCUUGCUCUGUGCUCUGUUUCAGCACCUCCGUUCCCUGGGGCGCCUGGCCCCUGGCUUCGCAGACCCCUUUUCAGUCUGGAGUUAUCAGAUGCAGAGGACGCAUUCCCUCGCCGCGCAGGGCCACUGGAGGUUCCGGCGGACAGCCAUGUGUUUGUGCAGGCGGCCCUGGCCCGUCCUUCACCAAGAUGGGGCCUAGCCCUGCACCGAUGCUCAGUAACGCCUUCUUCACGCCCGGCCCUGGGGCCUGCUCUGGUGCUUCUACGUGGGGGCUGCCCGGCCGACGACUCUGUCAGCUUCUCACCACCUCCACGCCCGGAUGCUGCUAGCGUCGCACGCUUCAGCUUCCGCCUGCGCCCGGUAUUCAAUGCCUCAGUACAGUUCUUGCACUGCCAGAUAAGCCGUUGCCGCCGUCGCAGUCACCACCGCCGAGCUGUCCGCCAGACACCAGUGCCUUUGACCCCACCAGCACCGUUGCGGUGUCUGCCUCAGGAUGAGGCAUGUACUGGCAGCAGCUUGAGCCUUGGUACUGACAGCCCCCACCUGCACAUGCUGACACAGCCCAUCGUGGUCACAAUACCUCGUCCGCCCCCUAGGCCAUCCAAGAGUCUCCCAGGCAGGGCGGUACGCCCAGAGCCACCCGCUCCAGCCGCUGCAGCACUGGAGCCUGCACCAGUGGUGGCAUUGGUGUUGGCGGCCUUCGUGCUGGGUGCUGCACUGGCCGCUGGGCUUGGGCUUGUCUGCGCGCACUCAGCACCCCCACCCCCAGUCCAGCCUCCUAGAGCUUCGCUCAGCGGCCCCCAGCUCCAGAGGCCCUAGUAGGCGGGUAAGUACUGGGUGUGAAGGUCUGAAGCAAGAGCUAGAAUAGGGACGUGGUGCAAGGAUCGUUCACGGGUUUACUCGUGGGACUCCAAGUACUUUGUGCAUUCAUUUUUUAAUCUUCUUUUGAACAACAUUCAGAUGGAUACUUUUAUAAUGUCAAAGGUGAAAGUGGAAAUUGGAUUUGGGAGAUGGGGUCACCGACAGUGAAGAAAGGGGUCCUUAAACUUGAAUAGAUAAGUAAGGGGAAUUUACACAGUUCCUAGUCUCACACACACCAGUACAUAGAUUGGUGGAGGAAGCCAAGGUUUGGGGGGUGGGGGUGGGGGAAUGUGACCUGAACAGUGCUUUCCCUUUCUGAGCCUCUGUCACCUCCUCUCUAGAGAUGGCACAACGCAGUGAGCUUCUGAGAUUCAUCCAGCCAUGAUUUCAGUACCCUUUGGAAGGACUUCUGCAUGUCUCCCCUCCCACCCUUUUUCCUCCCUCCCUCCUUCCCUCCCUGCCAUCACUUACCUGUUCAAAAUAAAUUGGUGACCUGCUAA